AUGAAAGUUAUAGUAAUGAAGCCCACAAUAAUCAACAAAAUUAUUAAUUAUAAUGGAGGGAGUAAUGUAAAUAACAAUAAUUUAAACUAUAAUGUAAAUAAUAAUAAUAUCAAUAAUGGUUAUAAUAAUUAUAAUAAUUAUAAUAAUUAUAAUAAUUAUAAUAAUUAUAAUAAUUAUAACAAUAAAAAUAACAAUUAUAGCAAUCACAGCAAUUAUAAUAACCAUAACAAUUAUAAUCAUCAUAGCAGCGCGGAAAAAUCAAUAUACAAGAAGAAUUCAUUUGAUAGUAAUAGUCCAAGCCCAUCCAAUUCUACAUUUUUUAAGAACUCUGAUCAGAACCAAAUUGUUCCACCUUCAUUUCAAGAGGAUUUUAAGAGCAAUAGUGGCAGCUCCUCAACAAAUAUUUUUAAUAGUAGUCAUAGCAAUGAUAAUAACCAAAUAUACAAAAACCCAUUAAAAUCGCCAACUAAAACAACACCAAUGUUUAAUAGUAAUAAUAGUAGUAAUAAUUGUAAUAAUAAUAAUAAUAAUAAUAAUAAUAAUAAUAAUAAUAAUAAUAAUAAUAAUAAUAAUUAUACUAAUAAUAAUAUUUAUAAUAAUAAUAAUAAUUAUAAUAAUUAUAAUAAUAAUUAUAAUAAUAAUUAUAAUAAUCAUAACAAUCAUAACAUAGCAAUGCCAUCAAUAUCACCAAAUUCAUCUACACCACCAUCACCAAACUCAUCACCGGCAUCACCAACUAUUAAGCCAAUUAAAGGUUUUUCAGUGCCCGCACCACCAAAAGUAAAAGCUAAACCCAAUCCAAAAGAUAACAUUGUUUUUCAAAACCUAUUACAAUCACAUUCAGAGUUUAUAAAUCGAUAUUCCAAAAAAGAACAGUUCCCAAUAAAAAAGAUUGAAUAUUACAGUGAUGAAAAAGAGUUUACUAAAUUUCAACUAAAUAUAAAAAAAAAUAAUAUAAUAGAUUGUCACCAACCAAAAAAAGAACAGGAUAAAGAUCCUGUGCAGGAUGAAGAUAGUGAAGGUGCUAAUGAUCUCGAAAGUGAAAGAAAGAAAAAUGAAAAUAGUUUAAAAUAUAAAACAUUACAGUCAGUAAAAGAUGACCCAAGAGUCAAAUCGGUUAUAGACACAAAAAUUCCAAAAAUAGAUAUAUUUGAACAACAAAGACAACAAAAAAAACAACAGGAAAAAGAAAGACAGGAAAAACAAAACUCUGCCGAAAGAGAUUGGUUAAAUCAAAACAAUAUUAAACCAAAUCCACAACAAAAAUAUAUACUCGAUCAAAUUAGGAAUAAAAUACAUAGCGAGGAUCUAAAAAAGCAACAACAACAAUUUCAAGAACAGCAAGAGCAGCAACAACAGCAACAAUUACAAGAGCAGCAACAACAACAACAAUUAUACCAACAACAGAUUGAGAUUUUAAAAAGUGAUGAAGUUAUUUUAGAAAAUAGAGCAGAUUCAAAUAAUAAUUUUAGCUAUGAAUCAUUAAUUAUUUCAAUGAAUAGUGACCAUUUAACAGUAGAAGGUACUAGUAACUCAACUAAAACCAAUCCACUGUUUUUUUUAAAUAAGAAUGAUGAUAAUUUACAAUUUUUUGCAAAUAAAAUAAAAACUCAACAUCAUGAUGACAAUUCAGAUAGUGUUUAUAAUAACUAUAAUAAUUUAUAUAAUAAUAAUUUUUAUAAUAAUAAUAAUAAUAAUAAUAAUAAUAUCAAUGAUGAUGAAACCAACAAUUUAAUAUUAAUUCAACCAGAUAUAGUUUCUUCAAUGAAUUUAGAACUAUCAAAAGAUUCAAUUCCAAUAUCAAAAUUAAAUAGUGAUAGUAUAAAUAGACCAACAAUAAAUAAAUAUCAACAACCAACACAAAAUAGACAUAAAGAUUUAACAUUUGAAAAAAUAUUACAAAAAGUACCAGUUUUAGAAGAAUCAAAUGAACCCCUUAUUUGCAUAAAAGAAAGUGAUAGUGGUGAUAAUCAAUUUUUUGAAGAUGACGAAUAUCAUCAAGAUGAAAGUGAUGAUAUGAUAGAAAAAAAAUAUAAAGAAAUUUUUGAUUUUUUUGGACCCGAUUCAAUAACAAAAUAUUCACCAAGCGAAUUAGAUAAACUCAUAAAUAAAGUGUUCCUUUCAAACAACAAUUUUAUUAAUCGAAACAACUAUGAUAGUGAUGAUGACAGUGACACCGAAGACGAUAAACAAAACAAUAAUAAUUUAACCUCUUUUAAUCCAGAUUGUUUAAGAAUUAUCACCAUUAUUAUUCAAAGAUUUCAAUUAAAGAUUCAAAACCAUAAAGAAAGAUUAAAAAGCCUAUUGGAAUUAAAGAAAAAAUAUAAAUUACAUUCAAAUGAUGAAGAACUUGUAAAAUUAUUUCAAAAAUUUGGCACUCAGCAUAGAAAAUUGGUACGUUCCGAUAUUAUUUCGAAAUUAUUCUAUGGUAUUAUGAAAAUGGUGGGUUUAAAGAAUGGUUAUUGUAUUUCAUUUUUCAUUCCAGAAUAUGAAAGUUUAAAGAAACAGCAGUCAAAUCCAGAUCAAUAUAAACAAUAUUAUGAAAACAGUAAUGUGGAUGACACAGAUUUCAAUAGUUCAAGUGAUAAUAGUGAAUAUUAUACAGAUGAAGAGGAGUUAAAGCAAGAUUUCGAAGAUGAUGAAAACUAUGAAGAGGAAGAGGAAGGUUUUUAUAGUGCAAACAAAGAAUUCAAUGACUGUUCAAGUGAAACUAGUGAAACCUAUAGUUAUAAUAGUGAAUUGUUAAAUAAAUUUUUUGGUAGUACUACCACCUCCGCCAACUAUUCAAUAGUUCAGCAAAACGAAAAUUUAGAAUCAAAAGAAGAAAUUGAUAAAAUUCCAAAUAUUUUAGCACCAUCCUUUUAUUUUCUAGAUGUACCUUGUCCAAAUAAUCUUUCGCCUUACAAAAAAUUUAUUUAUUAUCAAGUUAAACAACAAAUUUCAAAUAAAGUAAAUAAAGAGUAUGAAUCCGAAUUUCAGCAAUAUCAAAGAGAAAUUAAUCAAUUAAAUCAUGAAUGUAAUUCAGAUAACAACAAUAGCUACCCUCAUUCAAAUUUAGAUUACGAAUACAACUAUUCAAAAAAUGCAAGAAUAUUAACUAAUUCAAUUACAUUUAUGGGUGUUGGAAUGAACUAUUUUUAUUUCAUUUUUCCUUCUCUAUCGUUUAGUUCGGAAAUUUUAUCAAUAAAUUAA